UCACUGGGGCAUGUAGCUGGUUUCAACCAUGUGGGCCGCGCAUGUCGGUGCUUUGCUUGCACUGGUGACAACAGCGCAGGCUCAUGGCUGCUGUUUUCGCUUUGGCUACGGAGCCGGCCAGAUGCCUUGCUGUUUGCAGGUCAACCAAGGCCUUUCCAAAGCGAAGUGCAUCUAUGCGAAGAAGGGCCUCAUGGGUGGCACUAUGGGAUGGAGCUCCGAGUGCCCACGCAGCGCGGAAGAGGCCCAGGAGCUUCUGAAGGCAUCGACGAAGCCACCGGCGCCAGCGGUUCCGACUGGCGGAUCAGAGAAAAGACCUGAAGAGAACCAAAGCCGCAAAGGUGAGGAGGAUGAGGAUGAGGACCACCAGCCCUUGUGUCACAAGCUACCAGAAGGAGUACGGGAAAUGAAGGAUCUUCAGGGACCCUUCAAGGCUGGCUCGCACCUGGAGGUCGGCUGCGCCCUUGGCUGGCAACCCUUGAACCAAUCGGAAGAGACCUGGCACGUGAAGUGCGUGGGCUGGGAUGCUUGGACGGCCGUCGGGCACUAUGGAGGCUGCACGGUGGUCACCUGCUCGGCGUGUAGCGAUGUGUGGGGCACCUGGUGGGGUUCCAGGGACUUCAACCGUAGCCUGCAGCUGCGAUGUGCGGAUGGAUUCAACGUGGAAGGUGCCUCAGAGCUUCAUUGCUUAGCGAGUGGUCUGUGGGACCGAUUGCCCGGACGCUGUUUGCCCAACGGUGGCAACCCCGAGCUCUGGAGGAGCAAGUUGCGAUAUUCGGCCUUGAUGAGUUUCCUGGGCCUCGCCGUGACCGUGGCCUUGGUGCUUUGGGUGUGUCGUCCGCCUCACGAGCCAGGCCUCGAGCUGCCCUUGAGCCGGGCACCCGCAGCUUUGUCCCGACAUCGAGCGACCGCGCCGGCCACAGAAUGAGAAAACA